UAUGAUUUUAUAUCCCUAAGAAUUAGCUACAAAAGCAGAGUUGCAACAGAUAAAUUACAAUAUUGUUAAUUUUGGUUUUGUGCCAUAUGGAUAAAGAAUUUCAGGAUUACUUAAAGUAGCUGACCCCUAUACUUUUUGUACACCAAUUUUUAAUACCUCUUUGGAACUCAGCAGUGACUAUCCAAAUGUAAAGGUUCUUCUUGUAUAAAGAGGAGAAUGCUCUUUAUAUAUCAAAGUAAUUAAUUCAAGAUAUUUAGACUCUCAAUGCUUAAUUAUCUGGCUAUUAAAUAUUAGUUCUUGUAGAUAAUAUGGAUGAAGAUGUUUUAGAAUUAAAUUUGGUAAACUUGAAUAAAAAAAAUGAAAUAGAUAUAUCAGCAAUAUUGAUUUCCAAAAAACAAGGUGAAUUGAUUAAACAAUAUAUGGAUGCAAUUACUAAUGAUCGUGUUUAUAUUGCAGUAAAUUUCCCAGAUGUGUUGAAAACUGACAUUGUUAAAUACCAUUAUUGGUUUAGUGCAAUGGAUAAAGAUAGCUAUUAGUUCUUAUAGUAGUUUUAUCCAUUCCAUAUGGAAAUGAGGGACUAAUUAGAAUUUACUCCACAUUAUGAAAUUGCUAGAUGUGAGAGAUGCAAAAAGUAUAAUUAUUUAAAUCCAAAUUAAAAUUGUUUAUCUGGAGGUAGGUAUUGUGCAACUGAUCCUGAUGGUGAUGGUCCUUUGAAUGGCUAAGAUGCUGUAAGAGAAAUCGUAAGAUAAUUAUGCAUAUUCAAAUAAGAUCAAAUUAAAUGGUGGAAGUAUAUUAUAAAAUACAGCAAUCUAUGUCUAUCAAAAAUGUAUUCUCCUUUUUGCUCAACUGAUAUUAUGACCAAUUUAGGUAUAGAUCCUGAUGAAGUACAGGUUUGUUAUGUCGAAAGUUUUAACUAUGAAAGUGACGAAUUAGCAGAUAACUAUUUACUCAGUGAACAAUAUAAGACGAAUCUUUAAUAUUCUAUUCUGUAAUUGCCUAUUUUAUAUAUCAAUGACAUAUAAUAUAAAGGAGUCUUAACUGUAUAUAAUUAAACUACUAAUUAAGAAAUAAGUGAUUAAAAAUUGUUCGAUACUGCUCAUUUUGAACCAUUAUAAACAAUAUGUAAAAGUUACAAAGAUCAAUCUCUUCCUAAUAUUUGCAAAUAAAGAAUGAUUGGUCGUAUCGAUGAUGAAAUCUAGGUAUUCUCUUGUCUCAUCAUAUUAGGUUGAACAUACUUUAAAUUCAAACAUUUGGGUGAUAUGGGUUGUAGUGCUCUCUACAUUGGCAAUACUUAUAUUUUGUACUAUUUUCUUAUGUAGGAGAAUGUUUAGAAGAGAAGUUAAAGAAAUAAUUAAUUAAUAAUUCAAUUUUCAAUUGGCUCAAUAUUCUACAAUGAUUGAAGAUGUAAAAUACACAAAACAAUGA